CAGCAUGUUCAAAUCUAAAGAGGAAACUGAAACGCAUGCAAAAGCCCCUCUCUCUUUCUUCUCUCGCUGCUCCCUCUCUCUCUCUCUGUCUCUCCGCAAGACGUGGCGCUUCCGGCACAUCUCUGUCUGACUCUUUCUUUCUUCUUUCCUCUUUCUCGCUCUACAAAUUUCUCUCUCUUUCUCUCUCCACGGCACCGCCAUAUUGAACUUAAUCUUAGUCGUAUCUCAGCAAUUUUGCAAUAUAUGAAUAGGUAUCAAUUGUGAGCGGACUGACCGGAGUGCGAUUGCGAUCGCCGGAGGACGGCUGCAACUGCGAUCUCCUGCUGCGGAAUCUCAAUCGCGGAGAAGAUAUAUAGGAACUGUAGCUGUCCAUGAGGGAAUUUAAAUCAUGGAGAUGGUUGGGAAAGAAAAAAAAUGUAUCAUUUGACCAGGGAAUAUUCGGAGUCAACAUGAAACAAUUGCCAUUUAUGGGAUUUGUUUGUACAGUUAUGUUGUUCAUAGUUUACAGAACCACAAAUUAUCAGUAUCGACAGACAGAGAUAGAUGAUAAAUUAAACCCCUUCUACACAUCAAAGGACGUUGGCAUAGCUUCCCAUGGUCUGGGAAGUUUACCUCGUGGCAUUAUUCAUGCUAGAACAGAUUUGGAGUUAAAACCCCUAUGGUCAACUAGUAGUUCAAGGUCAAAGGUUAAUGUUUCGAGCUCUCAUAACUUACUAGCAAUUCCAGCUGGUAUUAAGCAAAAGAGUAAUGUUGAUGCUAUUGUCAAAAAGUUUCUGUCAGAAAAUUUUACCAUCAUAUUAUUCCAUUAUGAUGGCAAAGUGGAUGGAUGGUGGGAUCUGGAUUGGAGUAAGAAGGCUAUACAUAUAAUUGCUCAUAACCAGACAAAAUGGUGGUUUGCAAAACGAUUUCUUCAUCCAGCUGUUGUGUCUAUUUAUGAUUACAUUUUUCUUUGGGAUGAAGAUUUGGGUGUGGAGAAUUUUCAUCCACAAAGAUACUUGAACAUUGUGAAAUCAGAAGGAUUAGAGAUAUCUCAGCCAGCUUUACACCCAAAUUCAACUGAAAUACAUCAUAGAAUUACAAUACGCUUAAGAACUAACAAGUUUCACAGAAGAGUUUGGGAGGCUAGAGGUAGUACGAAGUGCUCAGAGGACAGCGAGGGGCCACCAUGCACAGGAUUUGUGGAAGGUAUGGCUCCUGUAUUUUCAAGAUCUGCUUGGCAUUGUGCAUGGCAUCUUAUACAGAAUGAUCUUGUUCACGGAUGGGGAAUGGAUAUGAAACUUGGUUAUUGUGCACAGGGGGAUCGGACAAGAAACGUGGGAAUAAUUGAUAGUGAAUAUGUUUUUCAUCAUGGAAUACAAACUUUGGGUGGAGCAUCUGCAAAAAAGGUCACGAGAAAGACUUCAAUCUCUGAAGAGUCAACUAAGAAGCCUGCUGUUGACGUGCGGAUCGAGAUAAGAAGACAAUCCACAUGGGAGCUUGAAAUAUUUAAAAAGCGGUGGGAAGAAGCUGUCAAGGAGGACAAGAACUGGGUCGAUCCUUUCCCGGGACAGAGGUGGCCCAAAAUUGGUCGCAAGGCUCGGAGCCGUAGACUAACCACCUGAUGGGUUUCUGUGUCAUCAGCUCUCUUUUGUUGGCAAUAGUUCUCACACACCCAUAUUCUGUAAUGUAGUCCAUAGAAGGCCAGUUGGAUCCUCAUGAUUAUUUCAUUAUCAGAGUAGUCAAUCUUUUCCAUAUA